AUGAAAGUCUUGUUCAUGUCUGGCCUUUUAGGCCUGGCAUUGGCUGCUCAGAACAAAAGGCUUGCAAAUGGUAAUUCUGCUCUAGCAGCCUCGACCAGUCUCGAUGCAUCCUUUUGCGUUCCUGAAGCAACAAAAACUGUCUUUGUCACAGUUUAUCCUCCUUGCCCGCUUCCUGAAGACUCUUCUGUUUCUGCUCAGAUCCAUCACUCUGUUACUCAAUUCACCACCAUCACCAUUAGCGAUCUAUGGCCCCAGGAGACUUCUACUUGGAAGGUUGACCCUGUUAGCUCCGCUCAAGAUCAGCCCCCUGAGUAUGGUGGAAACAGCGAGCUCGUAUCCUCUGCAAAAGGUCUCACCACUUCUUAUUCCGUUGUAACUGAUACCAGUAUGCAAUGGGUUAGUCAUUCAACUGGAAUUAGCAGAGUCACAAGGUUGUCUACGCGAACUAUCACCAUGACUAUCUCUCCACCGGAGACUGGGCCGGUUGCAUCAUCCCAGAUUCUUCCAACUGGUGGUCCGUCAGGGACUGUUGCAGAAGUUACUGAUGGCACAAAUCCUGCCACAGCCUGCCAUACAUACACGGUUGUGGGACAAGAUGGACAAACUUCAACCUUAACAGUUACCCUGGCUGGUUCUGGCCCAACUGCACAAUCAACGUUCAACACUCAGGAAUCUUCUUCUCCUAUGAGUGCUGGCUCAUCUGAUGGAUCUCCUUCCCAAGGUUCUGGACUGACUACUGAAGUAUCCAUCAAUGUGAUUGGUACUGAUGGGUCCGCCACUCCCACGAUUGCAACAGUCGUUGUUGGUUCACAGAUCCUUGUGACUGGAGCUCCGGAGAACACUGCAGUCGCUACAGCCAAUCUGCCAUCCAUCUUUCAGUCCAUUGAAACAUCGACUGAUUCUCUUGUGAGCCCCCCUGAAUAUAAUUCCAAUGUGCAACAUGGCUACUCUACCCCCAUCGGAGGGGAGUCCACGGUGGCAGCAGUAACAACUGCCGAUGGCCCUCCUGCAUACGGUUACGGUCUCACCUCAUCUGCGGGAAACCUGCCACCCUAUGUUCAGCUUUCUACGGCACCAGGAGACUGGGCAUCAUCCCUUUUGUCUGAUUCUCUUCCAACCGCUGUGCCGACUCCAACUCCCUGCAACACAACCAUGCUGCGAACCAGUACUUGGAUCAAUGUUAUUCCAGAGGCAUUGACGACGUACACUCUGCAGUUUCCCAUGACUACUCUCGUCACGGUUACAGUUCCGCCAUUACUGCCAUUCGGUAAAAAGGCAAAGCGUCAAGGUCCCCCAGAGUCAGGCACACUUUCUGAUAAUACGACAGAUUUCACAACAAAAACACUUGUUGGGAAUACAUCCGUCCAAGCCAGCCUUUCUUCUCUUCUCGGAAAGACAGAACCCCCAUCCUCUACUGUGUCCCCUACUCUGUCUCCUAAUGUGACCAUUGAGACGGUAGCAACAUCUACACCUACUGCGGAAAGCUCAUUGGUCACUUCUAGCCCAAUUGAGACGUCUGUGUUUUCAUCACCCACGGCAAACUUGUCGUCUUCCGCUGUGAAUACAAGCUCUCCCGUCCUGUCUUGGUCUAUUCCUCUGCCCCCUGUCCCAGUUGACACAUCCUCUAUGGAGCCAACUUCUCUUACAACCCCUUCAAGUGAAGUUCCGUCUGUCACUUCCACUCCUGAAAUGACCUUUCCGUCGUUUUCCAUCCCGAGCAACACCACAGAACAAGCAACAGAGACCUCUACGCCCACAGAUUGGGUUACUCAUACCCUUUCUCCAAAUUCUACUAUUUUGACCUCAAUGUUGCCAAUUUCAACCUCUACACCAGUUGAAACGCCUCUUACCACACCCGAGUCAACCAUCCUGUCAAUCAUUACCUCAACUCCCACGGUAUCACCCGUGUCUAUUACCCCCGUCCCGUCUUUCACAACCCCCAAUACAACCACCCCUACGUCUACAGUUCAGGUAUUUCCCUCUGUUUGCCCUUUUGGGGGCCGAGUAGGGAACACAACCAUCAAUUUUGACAACCUUGAGGCUGGUCCACUCCUCAACCCUACAGAAGACCUGUGGUUCUCCGAAGGCUUCCUGAUUGCACCUCCAUCCUCUCCUCCUUUCAAUCCCUAUAUUCCGUCUUCAGGUGGCAAUAUGGUCGAGUUUGUGCCACCUGCACUCUCCCCUGUCUUGCACCCAGCUGGAUCUGGGGACGUUGCCGAGAUUGGCGUUGGACCCAACUACGCAAAUCCCUGCUACAAGAUCGACCUAUUCAGCGCCAACCUUGGUUGUGCUGCCGAAGGGGCGGAGAAGUGGUGCGAGUUUGAAGUCUCAGCCUACACUCACGAUGCUGCUUCUGCAACGGAGUCAUCUAUUGCAUGGUCUGAAAUCAAGCGUGUUCCGGCUUGCCCCAACUUCCCAUCAGGAACGUGCUCUCUCACUCCUGUCGAAUUCGUGGGUUACACCAAUAUUACAUCCGUCUUGAUCCGCCUUCGCGUUGGCCUAGACCUUCGCACCUGGUGGGGAGAUGACUUUAAGUUUGGAUGGACAGACAAUUCAUGCGAGGCUUCGGCCUGCCGUGUCCACGGGACGGGCCGCAAGGCUAAGCGGGAGGUGAUUGACAAGGCUGUACGUGAUGGCGUGUGGCAGUGGACACCUUAUGGUCUGCAGAAGCUCGAUACGGACUACAUUUUUGCAGCUUCUGUUUAA